GAAAGGUAAUCAGCAUUUACAUUUAAAAGCGGGUAGAUUCCUGAGGAGAUCAGAUCCCAGGCUGAUGAUUCCCACAGAGGGGUAUUUUGAUAUUAAAAGGAUGAAACAUUGCCCCUGGAAGCCGGGACUUCUCUUCUGCAUCAUCUGUCUUUUUUCUUUAUGUCUUCAAAAUGGAUGGCCUGAAGCAAGUAAUCGCAACUACUGGAGAGGCAAAGGAAAUGUGACUGUCCUGCUUUGGCACUGGCCUUAUGGACAUCCUUAUAGUCUGGAGGGUGAUGUAUGCUGGGAUUUCUACAAAAUAGCAGACUGUAAACUGGUGGACCAGCGCUCUUUUUUCCCCUCAGCCAACGUUGUUGUGUUCCACAACAGAGAACUGAAAGAUGGUACCCAGAAACUUCCCACCGAGCUCCAACGGCCUCAGGGCCAGAGAUGGGCCUGGAUGUCCCUGGAAUCUCCUGCUCACAACGGAAACCUACAGAAGUUUGCAAAUAUCUUCAAUUUGACAAUAUCCUAUAGAAGGGAUGCUGAUGUGAGCAUACCAUAUGGUGAACUGCUACCUUCGGAGUCGGGAGGUACCCUGGUGAAUGACAGUCACAUAAAUAAGACCUCUUUGGUCUGUUGGGUGGUCAGCAACUACAUGAACCACUACAAACGGACACAAGUGUAUAAAGAGCUCAGCGCCACAGUUCCUGUAAACGUUUAUGGCCGUUGGAAUAAAAAGCUCCUCUCCUCUGCAGACCUCUUACCAACAAUCUCUCGCUGCUACUUUUAUCUGGCUUUUGAGAACUCACAGGCAAAGGAUUAUAUCACGGAGAAGCUUUGGUAUAAUGCUUUCAAAGGAGGAGCUGUACCUGUUGUACUGGGACCCCCCAUAAGUGACUACAAAGCUGUGGCUCCAGAUCAUUCUUUUAUCCACGUUGAUGACUUUGCAUCAGUGCAAGAACUAGGAAAGCAUCUUCAAAGACUUGCAAAGGACAGAAAGCGAUAUGAGGAAUAUUUUAAGUGGAAACAAAACCAGAGAGUUAAAGUCUAUAGAGACUGGAGGGAAAGGCUUUGCAAGAUCUGUUUACAGUACAACUAUUUACCUCAGCAUAAAAUUUAUUCAGAUUUAGAGGCCUGGGAUAAAGCUUAUUCAUAACUAUGAGAAACUGUGGCUGUAUUUGACAUUUUUACAGCAGCUAUUGCUUCCAAGUUCGCACUCUACCAAAAGGGUAAAUGAAAAGUGAGAACAGUUUACCACUGAAUAAAUAAAAAAAUUAAAAAAUUAAAAAUAAAAACUUUAAAUGCUGUUAAUGUUCACAAGUGAUGAGGAGGUAUUUAUGUUGUUUCCUUAGCAUGGAUAUUUAUUAGGGCAAAACAAAUCAGCAAAAAACCAAAUCAAAAUAUAUGAUAAGAAGAACUAACUGGAACUUUAAAUAAAAAUAAAAUCUUGUUUGCAUCAACUGAAGACUAAUCACUAUUAAUUAGCAAAUGGGUAAAAAUUACACCAAUAUAAACUUACCCACAAACCUAUCUGUGAAAAGGUCAUAAAUAAUUAGCCUUUCUGGAUUCUACUCAUUCCAAGUUCCACUUGUCCCUUUGAUACUAAAUAUUUUCAAAUGUUUUCCAUAGUUAUGUUAGGCUGUAUAUAACCCAAAUCAAUGGUAUAAAUUAUCUAUAUCAUGCUUUUUUAAGACUGUCAAAGUCACCUCUAGUUAAAUAUAUUUAAAAAAUUACUCCUUUAGAAAUAUGUGGGUAAUAAUUUCUUUUGUUUAACUUUAAACUGGAGAUCAUUGAAGCCCGACUCACAUCAGAUGGUUGAAGCAAAAACUGAUUUGAAUAAUAAUAAAAAAUAAAGUUUAUAUUUAUUCUUUUAUAUUUGUUAAACAUAUAUUUAAAUUCUUUACUUUUUUAACUGGAUUUCUAGAACAUUUUUUUAAUUUCUUGAUGAACAUUGCAUCUGUACUAUUUGACUAAAAUGGGGACUGGAUUUGAAUUGUGUCACUCUCUAAGUUAAAUUAAAAUGUAUGGCUUAUAACCCUGUUACGUGUCACUUCCAUUACACAUUGUGUAGAAGCCAGUAGAGUCCAAACAUUUAAUUUUUA